AUGGCGCUGCACGACGUCAUCUUGGGUUUGGACUUGGGUAGCACUAGUCUGAGGGCAUAUCUCCAUUAUCCUGACAAAGACAUCGGCCAUUGUGUUGAGAACCGGGCCAGCAUCAAUAACACGCUCCGGUUCCAGCGUGGAGACUUCUCGUCCAAGGGACAUCCUUUCGACCAGAGCCGCUCGUCUACACAGGUCCUGCCGAUCUAUCUGGGCAACGAGAGCGACUCUGACAGACGGGCAGUAUCGCUCAAGUUUGCUUUCUACAUCUUCGCGGACGCGGGAGCGGAUCAACUGCAACAUUACUACGCCGUCCGCCCUCUCUUGCCUCGCAAGCAUGACGCCCGAUUCCGGUCGAGACUCUGGCGCGGCUUGCACGAACUCUUCGGCAAGGUCAGAGACCGUGUACAUGAAGUCUGCCAGGCCAAGCGGUUCAGACUCGCCUCGAUCGCCAUCACUGUGCCCGUGCAGUGGACACUCGACCUUGCGGACACUUACCGUGCUCUUGUCAGCCAAGUCUUUGAGCAUGAAAAGGACCAGAUCUCGUGCAUUACUGAGACGGAAGCAGCUGCUCAUUACCUUUUCAAGGAGUCGCUCCCAGAGUUGCUCGCCCGUCGAUCGCUCAACAAGAAUGAUCUCGUUCUCUUCCUCGACUUUGGCGGUCACACCAUGAACAGCUGUGCAUUUCACGUUGAGCAUGACAGCCAGCAUGAUCCUGUAUUCUACCAGGCUGUGAAGCCUAGUGGAGCUGGAGGAGGGAGCGAGCACUGGGAGUACUUGGUUGGCGAGGCUUGCGCCACCCUAGUUGCAGAAGAUGCGGCCGCGUGGGACGCGCGAACCUUGAGCACGAAAGACAGACAAGCUAUCCUUAACAGUUUCCAUCAGCAGAUAGACUUGUGUGGACCUGGCAGCAACAAAGGCUUCUACUUCAGAGCCAAUGAGAAGGAUAUGCGCCGCUUUCAUCUGAGCUCUGCAGUGAUUGACGACUGCUUCGAGAAAGCACUUGCUGGUCCACUCCGGCGCGCCGAGAAAGACAUGAUCAAGGUUGCCGCACGAUACAGCCAUGAUGUCCUCGUCGUCGUCACAGGUGGUACAUCGCAGCAUCAUGCUGUGCAGGACCGCAUUCGACAGAUGUGUGCAAAGCACGACAUCGAAAGAGAGCCCGUCUUUGCAGAUAGCCUUGAAAUCGCCUAUUCGUCUGCCAAGAUCGCCAAGGGAGCCACAUUCGCCUUGAGUAGCUCGCAAUCUGUCAAACAGUUCCUAGAAAACGGUGCUGCGAUUGGCCUGCAGACGCUUCAAGAUGGCAGCAAGAAGAACACACUCUGGGACGACAUCGCCCCUUUUCUCAUGAGCAAGGACCGUCAAGACUUCAAGUACGAGUUCUCAACCAAUGGUGCUGAUGAGUUCCGGCUCAUCUGCGAUCCAUUCUUCGAGCGACACUCCUUUGGAGGCAAGUUUUUGCACCACAGCAAGACCUACGAUCUUGCAGAUCUCGGCAAGCUCGCAGCAGGACGCUGGGCCAUCACGCUUUCGCUCGCGACAACAGAGCCGACUGGGGAGGUCCUCCUUCGCGUUCAGGCCGUUCACAAGCGUGUUGCUCACUGGAGCACCGGCAAGGCUAUCUCGCGGAAGCAUCGAGAUAUUCCCUUGUACUACAGCACGGGUGCCAACAGUGUUCUGCUACGCAGCGAAGACAUGGGCGAGGCUGCACUGUGCACGACCUUUGGAAACGGCCGCACAGAGGCUGCGACUCGGAGCCCGUUCUGGAGCGACUGGGAUUCAUUGGUGAUCACGACGCCUCCUGCUGCAGCAUCAGCCGAUUGGCUGGCUGAGUCGCACAGCUUGUCAAGCAUCUCCGUUGAAACAAUUGAUGACAUUGCCUGUGGCUCUUCAGUGGGAGACUGUUCGCCGGUAAUCACGAGCUCUCGUAAGGUACGGAUGCAGAACCGCGUUGUCAAGCCUUCACGGCGCAGUCCCGGCAUGCUGGCGCGCCGCAAGGCAGCCUCGCCAUCCAAGUAUGUGAUUUCUCUGGGAUCAAGUCCCAUAGCAUAAGGCGCUCCAAUACUCCAAGAUAGUGAGUGAACUCUAGGCGGGAUCGCUUGGGGAUGGCGAUCGUGUUACUCCCUGGGGCAGGACCUUGGUCAGUACUGGUGAGAGAUAAUACGGCCCGUUGUUGAGCCGUCUAGAUCUGCAAGGCUUGUGAGAUACGCCAGAGUCUGCUGAUGACUUUGGUGUUCAGGAGGUCAAGAUUCAGAAACGGGGCGAGAGUUACAGCAUUGUGAUGGAGCGUGAGAAAUCAUUUUGCGGUGCAACGCACAGAAUCAUACGGACGGAGGAACACGAAGGCAAGGACUAGACGGGAGAUGCUGCAGUCACGUUUGUGCCGUUCGAGUAGAAUAGAGAAUCAUGCCUCGCACAAACUUCAGACUGGAGAGCUCCUCAAGCUGGCACUGCUUCGAGUCAGCUCGGCUCGGCUCGGCCGAGGUCAGCAGUAGCUAGGUCGGGUGUG